AUGGCUAGCUUAAUGCGCCUCCUCAGAACUCAAUAUACACCUCCCACAGACCCAAGUGGGGUCUCGUUUGCGGGGAAGACGGUUAUUUUAACCGGUGCAACGGCCGGGCUUGGAUUCGAAGCUGCUAUCAAGCUUCUCAAUCUAGGGGUGGAGUCGCUGAUUAUAGGCAGUCGGAACCUGCAACGCGGCGAAGCAACCAAGCAAGAGCUUGAGAAACGCACAAAUAGACUAGGUGUAGUCCAAGUAUGGGAGCUGGAAAUGAAUAGUUUCCAGAGUGUCAAGAAAUUUGCCAACCGUGUCAACAAUGAGAUAAAACAGCUAGACAUUGCAUUGCUGAACGCAGGUCUUUGGAAUCGAGAAUACAAAGUAUCGCCAGAAGGAUGGGAAGAGACACUCCAAGUGAACACCUUGUCUACCUCACUCCUAGCGCUUCUUCUCCUACCAAAACUGAGGAGCAGUUCUUGCAACUCGCAACCAACCUAUCUUACGGUUGUUUCUAGCCAGCAAUUCGUCCGAGUUCAAGCGAAAUCCCUUCGGACUGACGGGCCACUCUUGAAACAUCUCAAUGAUGUGGGACAAUUCAGCGGUCCGAAGCAAUAUGGGAUCUCAAAGCUCCUCCUAGAGUACGUUCUUAAGACUGUUGCUGGUCGUCUGCGGAAUGAGAAUGGAACGGUGCCCGUCAUCAUUAAUACUGUCAGUCCGGGACUCUGCGCAACAUCUCUCGGGCGGCAGUACAACAAAUUUUACGAGCGGUGGCUGGUUUGGUUGGCCUUCAAGCUCUUUGCCCGAACACCGGAGCAAGGAAGUCGGUCGCUCGUCAGUGCAACAUACCAGGGUGUGGAGUCGCAUGGGAGAUGCUGGAGAAGUGACGGGUACCUGGACGAAUCGAUCGGAUUGACUACCGGUAUGGAAGGAAAGCAGUUCCAAGCAAAAGCCUGGAAGGAGAUAAUGGAAAUUCUCAAGGAGCACAAUGAGACGCUUGACGGCGGAAGCCAAGGAAACCUGAUAUGA